UGUCCAUCUCACCACCGAGAAAAGCAGAGGCAGCGCUUGGCAUAAAAAUGGAUUCUCUCAGCACAGCAAAUGUUGAAUUUUGCCUCGAUGUGCUCAAAGAGUUGAACAGUAACCACGUAGGAGAGAACAUUUUCUUUUCUCCGCUGAAUCUGCUUUAUGCUCUCAGCAUGAUCCUCCUUGGUGCCAGAGGAAACAGCGCAGACCAAGUGCAAAAGGUGCUUCACUAUGAUCACAUUGUACAAUCAUUCAAACAAGAGUUUAAGGACACACCUCAGUGCAGCCAAGAUGGAAGGAUUCAUUCAGAACUUGGUGUCCUAUUGUCUCAAAUCAACCAGCCAGACUCUAACUAUACUCUCAGCAUGGCCACCAGACUCUACGGGACAAAGACAGUGCCCUUCCAGGAGCAAUAUUUAAGUUGUUCUGAGAAACUAUAUCAAGCCGGGUUGCAAACUGUUGAUUUUGAUCGGUCUACAGAAGAAACAAGGAAAACUAUCAAUGCUUGGGUUGAAAGGAAAACUAAUGGAAAAGUCACAAAUCUUUUUGGGAAGGGCACAAUUGACCCUUCCUCUGUUAUGGUUUUGGUGAAUGCCAUAUAUUUCAAAGGACAAUGGCAAAAUAAGUUUCAGGAAAGUGAGACGGUUAAAACCCCUUUCCAGUUAAGUGGGGGUAAAAAUGUAAUUGUGGAAAUGAUGUAUCAGACUGGAACAUUUAAAUUGGCCUUCAUAAAGGAGCCGGAGAUGCAGGUUCUGGAGCUGCCCUAUGUUAACAAAAAACUAAGCAUGAUAAUCCUGCUUCCAGUAGGCACAACUAAUCUAGAACAGGUAGAAAACCAGCUGAAUGUGAGAACAUUUCACCAGUGGACCAACUCUUCCAACAUGAUAGAGAGCGAGGUAGAAGUACAUCUCCCCCGAUUCAAACUCGAAAUCAAGUAUGAGCUAAAUUCCCUGUUGAAAUCCCUGGGGAUGACAGAUGUCUUCAACCAGAACAAAGCUGAUCUUUCUGGAAUGUCACCAGCCAAGGGUCUGUAUUUAUCGAAAGUCAUCCACAAGUCAUACUUGGACGUCAGUGAAGAGGGUACUGAGGCAGCAGCCGGCGCUGGGGAGAGCAUCGCCGUAAAAAGGCUCCCCAUCCGGGAUCGGUUCCUGGCCAAUCACCCCUUCCUGCUCUUUAUAAGGUACACUGAUACCAACGCAAUUCUCUUCUGUGGCAAGCUUGCUUCUCCAUAAACGGCUGGAACUGAGCAAGACUCGGGACAGAGGAGGUGCAGGGGCAAACCAGUGAUGAGUUCAUGGCAAAAAAGCCGUGUCACUUCCGUGCCUUGGUUUGCCCAUCUGCAGAAUGGGUCCAGGAUCUCUUGCAACAGUUUCAUGCAUUGGCAAACCUAAGGCUACGCUAAUAAUGGAAGAAGGGACAUCCACACAGGAGCUUUCCUACUUUGCGGGCCUUGUUGGAGUGCUUACCAGAAUAAACAAAACAGCGAACCAGCAGAACUCAUGAAUUUCAUCACCAAAGUAGCCUUAUUUUUUCUUUCUAUUUUUCUGUAAACCUAAAACUGCUCCAAAAAUAUAAAGACUAUUAUUUUCUGAAAAAAGAAGUUGGAGAGUAAGUAGGAAGGAGAAUCUCUUUGACUUGGACUUCAUAAAGUGGAAGAAAAGUCUUAUUUUUUUUUCUCAGAAUUUCUUGGAUAACGUGGGUUUAAUUCCUAUUGUUAAUAUUCCUUUUGCUACUCAAAAGUUCUUCUGAGUUUAUCAGGGGUCUUUCCCCCCUUCUCACUGCACAAGCAUCCGAGCUCUCAGAUCUGUGCUUGGCACCUGUGAGUCAUAGCAGAGAACAGCUGAGGGAUUCCAGCCCAUCUGACUCAAUGCAAAGUGUUGCCAACAGGAGGCUGAUGUUUAGCGGUUGCUGAUUUUUUAGGUACCAUUCAAAUAAGUAAAAUUGUUAGAAAGGGUCAAGAAUCUUCUCGCUUCUCCACAACAGUUUGCUAGCACUAAAUAACAUAACCAGUUUUACCAAUUAAUCAGCUUUGACACUGAAGUUGGGAUCCCUGUCAAUCAGUGUGUUUUGGGCUCUUCCUUGUGGGUGAGACAAUAACAUGAGGUGAAUAUGAGACUUGGUCUCUGUGUGGGAGACCUUGUUGACCGCAGCAGUGACAGCUAACAUUUGCUGAAGUGGCGUUACUACAUUCCAGGCACCGUGCUAAGUAUGUUACCCAUUUGGUCCCUCAAGGCUAUGUGGCAUGUACUGCUAUGAUCUAUAGUCAAAGAUGAGAAGACAGAGACUUGGAGAGUGACAGUAAUUUGUCUAGGGUCACCAUGUGAGUUGUACAGUCAUGAUUUCAUCUGGGCUUCAGACCCUGUGUCCUGCUCUCUACGCUAUCACUUUAAUGACUCAGGACAUUCGUGGAAGUUGGAGGAGGGGUUACAUUCACAAUUUAGAGACCUGAGUUCUAACUCUGCUUCUGCCACAGCUCUUUUGACAACCCUGUAGUUACCUAACCCUUUUGAGCUAAAUGACACUAAUUUAGAGACUGCAGAUGGGUUGCUGCAAGGUUUACUGAGGAUAAGCUGUUCCCUGGCUUGGAUGAUCAAACCUUUGAUUUUUGUAAAUUUAUACCUUCUCACCUACUGUAGAGAUACACACUCUCUCCAUUUCAGCUUCCGUGUCUGAUAGUACCGCUCCAGCCUUUGUGCUGGGAGGCCCCUUGGACUUAGCUCUCAUCUCCUUAUUUCACAAGGCUUAAGAUUUCUGCCUCCCAGCAAACAUCCAGUUGCCUUGGAUUCAACAUCAGCCUCUCCUUGUGGCAAACAACUCACUCCCUGUCAGUGUUUUUUAUUUCUUCUUAAAUCCCACCUCCCCGCUAAUGGUGUGGGGAGUUCACCUCCUUCCCUUCCCCACGUGGCGAGAAGAAGCAUCCCUUUCCCCCUUUCCUGUAAAGAAACCCUCAUUCUUCAUCCUCCAUGAGCAAAUCCUCAGGGUGCUCACCAGGUCUUUGGGUGCUGGCCUUGAGCCCAGGGUCACCAGACCAGGCCCACAGGCUCUUGGCCUGUCCUGAGUGGACACUGAAGCAGCCUUCUUUAUAGCAAGGUGGAUUAGCCCAAAGCUAAGAUCUGCUUUGGGCCUUCAGACAAACUCAGAGGCGGGAUAAGUCCCAUUUAACAUCAUUGCAUAUUCACAUUCUUAUCAGAUAAAGUUGGAAUUGGAGUUUUCUGGGGUAGAUGAGGGGAAGGCUUAGUUUUCAAGUAAGACAGAGACCAAGUGAGAUUUAAAUAGUUUCUGAAAAGGUAGGGAGACUAAAAUGUAUCCCGAAACACAUUUGCUUGUAUACCAAGGCAAAUGGGCUAACCCCUUUGGAAAUCUUUAUCUCCACAUUACCCAAGCAGCUCCAGGGGGAUAGGGGUCAUGGACAGAGGACAGGUAAGAGCACUUGGAGCCAUGGCUUGGACUGAUGAGAACAACAGCUACACUCUCAGUUCCAGGGCCCAUGGUCCUCAAGGAAAUUAUAGCUGUCCUGGCCCUUUCUUACAGGCUGCUGCAGAGGCAGAUAUCUUGGCUGUAAUGUUCCCAGCAGCAACAGGAUAGAAAAAAAUAAAUACAGUGAGAAAAAGACAGCAAUUUCCAAACAGGUGUGUCUUACAGGCUAUCAUAGCCAAAUACCUUAUAAUUGUCACUUAAGCUUUCGAUUAUCCCCAAGGCCAGAGAAAGCAAGAAAAUAUUGGUCCUUAAAUAUCCAAAAGGAAUUGACCAAGUGCCCAUCAAUGCACGAAUGGAUUAAUAAAUUGUGGUAUAUGUACACCAUGGAAUAUUAUGCAGCCUUAAAAAGAGAUGGAGACUUUACCUCAUUCAUGUUUACAUGGAUGGAGCUGGAACAUAUUCUUCUUAGUAAAGUAUCUCAAGAAUGGAAGAAAAAGUAUCCAAUGUACUCAACCCUACUAUGAAACCAAUUAUAGUCCCAGAAUAUGGGGAAAUGGGAGAGGGAGGGGGGGUAGGGGGGAGGAUGGUGGAAGGAGGGUGAUUGGUGGGAUUACACCUACAGCGCAUCUUACAAGGGUACAUGUGAAAUUUACUAAAUGUAGAAUAUAAAUGUCUUAACACAAUAACUAAGAAAAUGCCGUGAAGUCUAUGUUAACUAGUUUGAUGAAAACAUGUCAAAUUGCAUAUAAAACCAGCACAUUGUACCCCAUGAUUGCAUUAAUGUACACAGCCAUGAUUUAAUAAAAAAAAGAAUUGAUGAUACA